ACCUACGAGCUGCAUGCUAGCUGAUAGCAGGUGGCUUGGCAUGCUAUAUGUGCCAGUGCUUUUUCUAGCUGACCUCAUUCGAUUGAUACACACGGCAGGUGCGUUCGAUCGUACACAAGAAGCGCAGCUCGUCGGACUCCACAAACAUCAAAUUACCAACAACUCGACAUUUAAUUGUUUCGACCAAAACGUUGGACUGUUCAUUUACUAUGGAGUCUUCACUUCUAUCGGCCGCCACUCUUCCUAGCUUGGCCUUUGCUACUCUUACAUUCGUCGUGUCCAUCAUCGUUGGGCCGAUUCUGGCCCGAAAGCUUCCCACCACGGAACGCCUGGUGAUGGUGUGGUUGGUGUACGACAUUCUCACACAUUUCACCUUGGAGGCUAUAUUUGUGUACUAUUCCCUGGUUGGCACAGUGCUCACAACAGAUGGAUUUUUUGCCGAUGUAUGGAAGGAGUAUGCUCGAGCUGAUGCGCGAUGGGGUGUGUCUGACCCAACAAUUGUCUCCAUGGAAUUGCUGACUGUAGUAUUGGAUGGAAUCCUGGCAGUUGUGCUCGUGUACGCCAUCUUAAAAGACAAGCACUACCGCCAUUACGUGCAGAUUGUUCUGUGUGUCUGCGAACUCUAUGGAGGAUGGAUGACGUUCUGCCCAGAGUGGAUCACCGGUAGCCCCAACCUGGAUACCAGCAACUUCCUCUAUCUCUGGGUCUAUCUGGUCUUCUUCAACGGCAUUUGGGUCGUCCUACCUGGCGCCCUCAUGUGGCAGUCCUGGGUCGCACUCCGCGAGCAGCACGCCAUGGUGACUACGUUCAAAAGCCGUGCACAGGGAAAGGAGAAGUAGGUGAAUAGACGGGUGCCUGAGACUAGCCACCCUGUCAUAAGCAGGUACAUGGACAAGGCACCAGUCCAGCAGCAUACACAUGGUGCUGCUUGUAGCAAUAAGAAACUACGGUAUUCAAAUUUGGAAUUGCUAAUCUGAACAUCAAGAUUUGACAUGAUUCGCCUUAGGAUAAAUAGAGCGAAAAUACUCAUCAAAAGUACUAAUUGAUUUUGUUUGAUUGAGUAAUAAUCUUGGUUGCAAAAAACUGCGAGAACAACACAGAGCCAACACCCAGUGUUUGGUUGUCACAAUUAUGACAACCAUACAUGGCACAGGUUGUAACCAUUAUGCCAUUUGAUAUAGAAUUCAUGAUUAUUUUACAUUAACUAGCUUACAGUGCACGGUGUGGUUGCUAACCAAAUGCUUGCCUACUGCAAUGGUGGCCAAUCACGGGGAAACCGGAUGGUCAAGUGGUACCUUGAUGUCAAACGAUCAAAACCUACAUGUAUAGUCUCUAGAGACAAUCCUGAAUCUAUCAGACUCUAUCAAUUGCACAAUGUGAGGCAUGCUGAACCCAUCAGAAUCCAACAGGUAGAUAUUAGAUUCAGUAGUGUAUGUAUACUGCAACAUUUCUAUAUUGUCAAGUACGUGUAUGGACCAAACUGAGCACGCUAUCAAUUCUGUCACGAAGGCCCUCUUCAGCGGCAAAAGCAUGGUGCUGGCUAUUGCACAGAUAAUCAGUCACAGGGCAGUAGCUUUGUACAGUAGCGCACACAAUGGUUCCUCCAUUGCAGGGGGCCUCGUGAGUGUAUAGUAAAUGGCUUCACAUAUGUACAUGUACAUGAAAUGCAACUGUGGUCUUUCUUUCCAACCACAGAAAUAUUUUUAAUAAAAGCUUUUAACAAUGUAUGUCAUAAUUGUAUUUUGUAUGACGAAUUUAAAGACUUUUAAAGGGACACUGCAUCCCGGAACAGCCCAAUUGGGCUACAAAACGCGCUUUGAAUGAAAUGAUGUUGAUUGGAAAAAACAUUUAAAAGUAUAUAAACAUCCAAAUAAAAACUGGGCGUUUUUGUGUUAUUCCUAUAUUAUGCUUGCGAGAACGACUUUCAGGGUCCACUAUUGUGACCCCAAAAAGUCGAGCUGUUUGGGUACUAGUUGUGAUUUCAUCCGUUAACUGUUUGCCUUUUGCGGACGUGUAAGAAACCAAAUUUUGGGCAUUGGUGAUUGAUUGGUCACCGCUGUUUGCGAGCACGGUGCUGUAUAGACACACCCAACUUGUAUACCAUACACCGACUGAAAACGAAAGGAAAAACAUAUUCUUCGGAUGUAAACAACAUGUUUUUUUUUUUUUCACGGGAACGGUAAGACAUGAGGUUGGUUUCCUUUCAACCAGAUGUUUGAAAUAGGAUAAGUAAACAAUCCAAAACAUGAAAUUUUCAGGGAUUUCAGGACUUAAUGCCCCUUUAAAUGUAAUUGCUUUACUGAUGCUGCAAACCUCUACCAAAAUAUUUGUAUAUUUAUGUUAAUUUGAAAAGUUUAUUGAAUAAACAAUCAGUAUCACAACUUCAAAUACAUGUAA